GAUCUCAGAUUUCAUCUCUGUCUCAGGUGUUUCUCCUUCAGUGUCUCUGGAGGUCAGUCCCAGCAGAAGUCAACACUUCUCGUCUGACUCUCUCUCUCUGAGCUGUGAGGAUCAGAGUAACUCUGCUGGAUGGACGGUGAGAAGAUACACAGACAGAAACACAGAAGAUUGUUCAAAACAAGCAGGAUCUACAUGUCGAAUCGUCUCUCUCAGCACAUCUGACUCUGGAGUUUACUGGUGUCAGUCUGAAUCUGGAGAGAAACGCCAUCCUCUCAACAUCACUGUACACGAUGGUGAUGUGAUUCUGGAUUCUGUUGAUCCUGUGAUUGAGGGAGAUACUCUGACUCUACACUGUUUACAUCGAUCUACAAACUCCUCGAUCCUCGGAGCUGAUUUCUAUAAAGACGGAUCACUCGUCCAGAAUCAGACGACAGGAGAGAUGAACAUCACGACUGUCUCAAAGUCACAUGAGGGUUUCUACUCCUGUAAAACAGAGAGAGGAGCGUCACCCAAGAGCUGGAUCUCCGUCAGAGUGUCACGUUCAGGUCAGAUUUCUGUCUUCAGCAUCCUCAGUUUUCUUCUGGCAGCUUGUCCGUAUCUGCUGUCGACCGUCGUGCUGCUGUUCAAAUGCUGCAGAGCGAGAGUUACCUCUACUGAAGACCACAGCCAGUUCUCCGUAACAGAGGAACACACUUCAACCUGAUAUUUCAUUCAUUCUCCAAACCGCAUGUAUAGAGUCACAGGAUGCUGGAGUCUGAGGCUGAAGGCUGGGAAACACUGAACAUGGCCAGUCCAUCACAAGACUAACAGACACACGAUCACACUCUCACACAUACGGAUGAUUUACUGUCUCUAAUUCACCUGUGCUGUGUAUUAGACCGUAUUAGACUGUGAGAGAAACCAAACCAACACACGGAGAACAGCAAACUCCACACAGAAAGACCUCCGGACUCAGCAUCUACUCCAAAACAAGUUUCUUAAUGUGAGUCAAAUACACUGUAAGCUAUUGAAAGAUGCCCUUUAAAGACACAACAAACAAAACCUGUUAAAUAAAAAUGUUCAAAUUGAUUAAAUAUCAGCAUUCUGCUCACAAACAUGAUCAUUUUUAACCUGAUUGUCAAUAAAAGCUGAGACAGAGACAUUAAUAAUGUCUGAUAAUAAAACUGCAUUGAAUGUGAGGAAUGUGUUCAUUAUUAUAUUUUAACUGGACAGACCUCCACCAAUAAGACUGAACGAUUUUUAUAUCUAAACUAAGCAUUUAAAUAUCAUCUUACUAAGAGUUAUUAUUGGAGAGAGUGACUUCUGAUAUUUAUGUAAUUGUAUGUAAGUUGUCUGCUAUACUGUUAUAAAGAUACGAGCCAUAAAAAAUAAAAAAUAAAACUGUUUUCUUUGUCAAAA